AACAAACUUACGAUGAAAAAACAUUUUUUUUUUCUAAAAAAAAACUUUUGAAAAAGAAAAAAAGGAAAACCAUUCAAACGCUAAGGAACUAUAAAAUUUACAAAAACCUAGAAGAGGGUAAACCCUAAGUGGUUGGUGAUUGCAAUUUUGACUCUCCUUGUCUUGUUCCUUUGGUGUCGCAGAGUCAUUCAAUGGAAGACCAAACCUCCAUAAUCACCAAGAUCUCACGCUCCCCUCUUGUCUCACGCGGCAAGCAAGCCGCCAGCGACGCCGCUUUCGUAGCGAAGAAGCUCCUCAAAAGCACCGGCAAGGCUACGUGGAUCGCCGGAACCACCUUCCUCGUCCUCGUCGUCCCUCUCAUCAUCGAGAUGGACCGCGAGCAGCAGCUCAACGACCUCGAGCUCCAGCAGGCCAGCCUCCUCGGAACCCCAACCACCGUUGCUCAACCUAAGUGAUCAGGUUCUCAGAUCUGUUUUUGUUUCAGAGAACAAUGUGGUUCUGCUUUUCUCAGAUCUGUUUUUGUUUCAGAGAACAAUGUGGUUAUGCUUCCAGGUUUCCUUGAUUGCAAUAAUUUUAUGAUCUGUAGCGUUUUAUACAGUGAGAAGUGGUGUAUUCUCGCGCGUUUAUCUAAAAUAAUAAAUACUUUUUCCUUUUAUUAAUUAUUUUAAUGCGGGAUGCUGAAUUUUAUAUGGGAUAUAUUUUUUUAUUUUGUAGGAAAAAAAUUAUCUCAUGUUGUAAAAAUAAAAGUAUAUGUGGGACUCACACAUAAAAGGGAGGAGAGAAAAAAAAAAAGAGUGAUGAGACCCAACUCUUUUUAUAUGUGUAGGAGAAUUAUUUAUCUCAUAUAAAAUUAUAUGAGAUAAAGAUAACCCUUUAU